GACAACAUCGAUUGGCACACCUCUACAUUUUUAGCAGCUUAUUUCUCCUGCUCGCGUUGCUGCAUGGUGCUAAGUGAAAAGAGGCUGACCAUAAACCUCGGUGAACGAUGCUUUACUUAUAAGGUCCGUGACAGGGUGCUUUAGGCGGGUGUGCGGUCUUCUCUUUCUCCUUCCCGUCAAAGGGAGGUAGGUACCCGCGCCCUACGAAACUCUCGGCACACCGCGGAGCGCACAUGGGCGCAUCGACAGCUAGACUACAAUGACUGGACAUAUUUCUCCCAUCCCUUCAUGUUUACGUGCAAUAAAGGUUUUGCAUCUUGCAGUGGACAGUUGAUGCCUCUAAGACCAACCAUUUAAUUCGAUGGAUCUGAAUGGAUCGCUGAUUAUUUCGACUCUGGGAAUUAAUGCUGGGCGUUUUGCGUGAGGAUGCUUGGUAGCUCUUGUAGGUAAGAGCUAGGAUGGUGGGGGGGGAGGUGAACGGGCACAGCUACCUAGUGGCCUGCUGGCAGCCCAUCCUAAUCUUGAUGCUUGGCACUGUGCUGUCAGGCUCCACCACUGGCUGCCCGUCACGCUGUGAGUGCAGCGCCCAGGAGCGUUCUGUGGUGUGCCACCGCAAGAAGCUGACAGCCAUCCCAGACGGCAUCCCCACUGAGACACGGCUGCUUGACUUGAGCAAGAAUCGCCUCAAGGCUAUCAAUCCGGAGGAGUUUGCCGGCUACCCACACCUGGAGGAGCUGGAGCUCAAUGAGAACAACAUCUCAAGCAUUGAGCCGGGAGCCUUUAGCAACCUUUAUGGCUUACGGACGUUGGGGCUACGCAAUAACAAUCUGAAGCUCAUUCAACUGGGUGUUUUCAUGGGCCUAAACAACCUCACUAAACUGGACAUCAGUGAGAAUAAAAUUGUCAUUUUACUGGAUUACAUGUUUCAAGACCUAUUCAAUUUAAAGUCUCUAGAAGUGGGUGACAAUGACCUUGUCUUUAUUUCCAACAGAGCAUUUCAUGGUCUUAGCAGCCUAGAGCACCUCACGCUAGACAAGUGCAACCUGACGUCCAUACCCACAGAGGCAUUUGCUCAGCUGCACAACCUCAUCACACUCAAGAUUAGGUACCUCAACAUUAAUAUAAUCAGGGAUUAUUCUUUCAAGCGACUCUACCGGCUAAAAAUUCUUGAGAUCGAUAACUGGCCAUACCUGGAUACUAUGACUUCCAACUGCCUCUAUGGACUCAACCUCACCUCCUUGACUAUCUCUAACUGCAACUUGACUGUUGUUCCUUAUUUGGCUAUACGGCAUCUUGUGUACUUACAUUUCCUGAACCUGUCUUUUAAUCCCAUUCAUAUCAUCGAAGGGAAUAAGCUGAAUGACCUGCUCCGUAUCAAGGAGUUUCAUCUGGUUGGUGGAAGGCUAAUGGCUAUAGAGCCCUACUCUUUUCGAGGACUUAACUACUUGCGAAUUCUCAAUGUCUCAAGCAACUCCCUGUCGACUCUGGAGGAGUCAGCUUUCCACUCCGUGGGUAACUUGGAGACUCUGGCUCUGCAUGACAACCCCCUGGCCUGUGAUUGUCGGCUGCUCUGGGUCUUCCGUCGCCGCUGGAGGCUCAAUUUUAAUCGGCAACAGCCCACAUGCUCAUCCCCCGAUUUUGUGCGAGGGAAAGAGUUCAAAGAUUUCCCGGAUGUUCUGCCAUCAAAUUACUUCACCUGCACCAAGUCAAAGAUUCUGGACCACACUGCCCAGCAAAAGUUUGUUGAUGAAGGAACGACCAUCCACUUCACAUGUGAGGCAGAUGGCGAUCCUGCCCCUGUGAUCAUGUGGCUGUCCCCUCGGAAGCAAUUGAUUACCACCAAAACAACUGGGAGGAGGUCUGUGCUAUCUGAUGGCAGCUUGGAGGUGAGAUAUGCACAGAUCCAAGAUAAUGGCACAUACACAUGCAUUGCCAGCAACGCUGGGGGCAAUGACUCUGCUCUUGCCCAGCUUUUUGUGCGCAGUUACUCGCCGGGAUGGCCACAUCAGCCCAACAAAACAUUUGCCUUCAUCUCCAACCAGCCCAAUGACAUGAAUGGCAAUGAGACUAAAGCCACAGUUCCUUUCCCCUUUGACAUGAAGACCUUGAUUAUUGCCACCACCAUGGGCUUUAUUUCCUUCCUUGGCGUCGUCCUGUUUUGUCUUGUCCUCCUUUUCCUCUGGAGUCGGGGCAAAGGCAACACAAAGCCAAAUAUUGAGAUUGAGUUUGUGCCCCGCCGGUCGGACACUGACACAGGCAGCAGCAUAGAUGCCCCUCGUAGGAUCAACAUGAAAAUGAUCUGAGUGGAUCCCCAGAUUGAAAUCUGCCAAUUUUCAUGCACAUUUAGUCAUUAAUGACUAUUUUUAUGGCAGUUCACUUUGUUGUAAUGCAUUAACUUUCCUUCCUUGAACUUGGGGUUGAUGAGCAUAUUAAUUAUUAAACAAAAGCGAACCAUAUGAUACUAUAGCACUUUUUGCUCAUUCAGAUCACUUUUCACAUUCAGAUUUCACUCUUAGAGUCUCCAUAUUUUAUUUGUCAAUGGCGACUGUUUACUUAAAUAAUAAAGUGGGCUGACUUGAUGGUAAUGUAAUAUGAUGCCAGUGCACCUGCUUUCAGGUAAUGAUUUUUAAUUAUUGAAUAGAGAGAUUAAUGUAUAUUUUUAAUUUUGUCCUAAAACUGGCACACAUAUUUGUAUCUGUGGCACACAGAUGAAGGCCUUUGAUGAACUAUAACUUCAGUGGGCAUAUGUGCGUGUACAAGUCUGUUUGUUGUUCGAACAAGCCUAAUAAUUAUACCGUUAUACAGAAAAUUAAACUUAAAAAUUUCUAUAUAGCAGGCACCCAAUAGCUGUCUGUAGAGAGAGACAGACAACAAUAUAAAUAAAACACAUAUCUGCAUUCGAGUUGAUGUUACAUGACUGUAUAGUAAUUGUGUAUGCUAAAAUACUGUAUAUAGAUUGGAUACAAAUGGGUGUAUGUGUAAUCUCCAAGAAUUGCAUUUCAUAAUGAUUCCUCACAGAAGAACAUGAAUAUUGUUAGAAACUCCACUAAAAUGCAUCAUGUUGCCUGACUGUAAUGGGUUUAGGCUAUACACCAGAUAUUCCAUCCUACUGAAGCUAUUGUGGUCUUAAUAUAUGAUGUUUAUAGUCUUUAUAUAUAUAUACACACAUAUAUAUGCACAUGUAUACAUAUAUAAUAUGUAUAAAUGUAUGCAUGUAUAUUUGUAUAUGUAUAUAUAUGACAUGUGCUUGUGUUUGUCACAUGUAUGACAAAUAAUGUAUUUCAGCAUAUGUAAUGUGUUCAUCAACCCUUCCCUUCACAUCAUUUAGUGUCAAGUGAAUGGUGUUUCUGUUAUGUUUCUUUGUCACCCCCCAUUAACUGAGCAUUGCUUCAUGAUCGCCAUUGUUUGUGCAGUGCCAUUACCACUUCCAGCACUCACUAUUGGCAGCAGAGUUUGGGUCGGGGAUAACUUACUGCUGAUAUGUUUAAGGGGCAUUUCUGAUGGGUGGCACUGAAAAAGACAGAUUUCAUUAAUUAGUUGUGAGGAAUGGGGAAUGAAAGCAACAAAGAUGGUUUACAUCAUUAUGGGCAGUAUAGAGAGGUGACUAGAGUAAUUUAUUUCUGUUGUGUGACUGUUGUAUUGCUAAUUAUUACUGGUAUAAUCAGCUCACAAACACUUUUGCGUUGAGAACAAUACACUUUCUCUUUGCUAUUCUUUCCUCUAUUAUUGUUAACCUCAAUAAAAGUUAUCUUGUAUGUAAAAAUGUAUCCACAGGUGAGAAACUGUUCUGUGAAAUAAGGGAAUAUGUUGAUUUGUUUUUAAAUGAAUACUUUUCUUGAUGGUGAAAUAGUUUAUAAUAGUAGAUUUAAAAUGGAUUUUUUAGGACUUUCAUCUAUAUAUGAUUUGGGUUUGGAACAUGGAAUGAUCUAGCAGGUCUAGUUGAUGGAACUGGGACAUGUCUGUAUAUAAUGUCUGCAGAACCUGUUUUCAGCUGCCAUUCAACACUGAAACGUGUGUACAGCAGUCAAAGACUGGUUAGUAAACAUUGGGAAUCGCUGGGCUUUUUCCUGUUCUGAUUUGUUUCGCUGAAUCUUGUGUACUUCAAAGUAUUUCAUUGCCUGCAAUUGUUGAAAGGGCAUCUGACUGCUGAGAUAAGCUGCACUUCGGAUGGAAAGACCAUGGAGAGAAAUUAGCCUGAAGCAAUAAGUUUUAUGUAAAGGACAAAGAGUGAGUGUGUGUAAACCCCAUACAGUGUGACCCCACUGAUACAAAAUUACAAUAUCUACAAAAUCAUUGAUUCACAAUAAGGUACAAAGGAUAUCAGAGUGAUACCUCUCCUGAAGCCAUCACAUUUUAAUAUUGGCCAUGGCUAAACAUUCUUCAUUAAAGUUUUUUUAAAGUUG